AUCGGCAGUGUGAGCUUGAAGGUGAGGGAGCUACAGAGGAUUGCUGAGGACGAGGCUUGUUUGGUUUCGAGUAUUGAGAUUGCGGUGGUUAGGGGUAUUGCGUGUGUAGAGGAGGGGGAGAGGCUAAGGAAGUUGAGAGAGAAGAAGAUGAUGAAGAGGCUGUCCAUUUUGCAAGAUUUUGCUGAUGCUUUAAUGGCUUUAGCUGAUAUUAGAGAUGGCAGGGGAUUGUUUUCUGGGCAGCUGAUACUCUCAUCAGCUGGGCUUCUUUCAGCUCUCAUCAGCACUCACAAGAAUUGGGUUUCCUGCUGAUUGUACUAUUCAAUUCUCAGGUAUG